AUGCAGUCAUUCAUGCGUGCCGUCGCCUUGGUAGGCGCAUACAAUGUCACAGUCAUUGAUGUACCCAAACCGACGAUUGUGAACGGCACAGACGCCAUUGUGCGCAUUGCAGCGUCAGCAAUUUGUGGUAGUGAUCUACACAACUACCACCGGGACUUAGGCUCGCCUGAGAGUCCUCUGCGGAUUGGCCAUGAGGCCAUUGGCUACAUUGAGGAAGUUGGCGACUCUGUUGAGACGCUGGAGGCUGGCGAUUGGGUUGUCAUUCCCUUCGCGUUCAACGAUGGUCACUACCAAUACGGACCCUCAGUCGAUGCACCGUUGGCGUCUGAGACCGGCAUGCAAGCCGAGUAUGCGCGCAUUCCAUACGCAGACGACUCUUUGAUGCCUGUGCCCAUCAAUGGUAGCGCUAAUGCCUCGACAAUCCACGACUAUCUCUUCAUGUCGGACAUCCUCGCCACAGGCUGGACAGCACUCGACUUUGCCGGUCUGCUUCCCGGCGACACGAUUGCUGUCUUCGGCGCGGGUCCUGUGGGACAGAUGGCUGUGCUCUCUGCCGGCAUACGCGGCGCCUCAAAAAUUUAUGUCGUCGACCACGUGCAGGACCGGUUAGACCUGGCUGCCGCCCACGGUGCUAUUCCGAUCAACUUUGUGUUAGAGGAUCCGGUAGAGGCCCUACUCCGUCUCGAACCAGAUGGCAUUACUCGAGUCGUCGACUGCGUCGGUUGGGAGGCCGAGGAUGUGCAUGGAAACGUCAACAGCAGCAUCGUUCUGCACCAGGCCGGGCAGCUAGUGGCGCCGCAAGGCGGUAUUGGUAUAGUCGGGGUCUAUGGAACUGGGAAUCAGGCGCAGACUGUCGACCUCAAGCCUCUCUUCAUGAGUGGUUUUUCGGUGCGUGGCGGCGUUUCCGCGCCAUUGCACCUCGGUACUGAGAUGCUGAACCUCAUCGCCGCCGGCAAGGUGCACCCGAGCUCUAUCGUGAGCGCCGUCAUUGAUGUAGAGCAAGCACCUGAGUAUUACGCGCGGUUCGACAGGCGGCAGGAGACUAAAGUCGUUAUUGAGUUUCCAUGA